AUGAGAAAACUUCAAUUUUUAGAUCUAUCGAGAAAUGAAAUCGAUGGCCACAUUAAGGAGAUAGGAGGAAAUGAACUGUCUUACUUGGAUCUCUCACAUAACAUCAUAACAGGGCCAUUCCCUCCAUCAAUUUGGAACAUGGACAAUCUUCGAUAUUUGAAUCUGUCCAAUAAUCGCUUUAGUGGAGUGAUUAAACCUGGAUAUAUGAAGUUCUCACCUUCAGUUAUAGAUAUGGGGAACAAUAGUUUUAAUGACACCAUUCCACAUGUAUGUGGUGUAGAAUUAAUAGGGCUUAUUUUGAAUGGAAAUCAAUUUGAAGGUAAGGUGCCAAGUUGCUUUUCCAAAUGCCCAUACUUAGAAGUGCUUGAUCUGGGAAACAACCGCUUAACUGGUGCAUUCCCUGAACAGUUAGGGAGGCUUCGAUAUCUGAAGAUUCUUGUCCUCCGAUCAAACAAGUUUCGUGGUCCCAUAGAAAGAAGCUCUUCUAUGAUCGAACACCCAUUUCCUAGUUUGAGAAUUCUUGACUUAUCUCAAAAUGAGUUUGGAGGCCAUCUCCCUAGAAAAUAUUUUGAAUAUUUUGAUGCUAUGAAGAAUGUGGUCAAGGAUGGCGAGARUGCAUAUUUGARUAUUUACUACWCUAACAYCUUUUACUCUAUCGUUAUUGUGGUGAAAGGUCAGCAACUCUCAUUUGAGAAAAUUUCAAACGACUACACGAUUGUUGAUCUAUCCGCUAACAAAUUUGAAGGAGAGAUUCCAAACGAAAUAUGCACUCUUAACUCGUUGAUAGUGCUCAACUUAUCCAACAACCACCUCAAUGGUCAGAUCCCACAGACUAUAGGUAACCUCUCUGAGAUUGAAUCAUUAGACCUAUCCUGA